AUGCAUUGCGAGAGAUUUAUAUGCAUCUUGAGAAUACUCGGAACCACGCUGUUUGGGGUGUCGCUCCUGCUUGGAAUCUCAGCUGCUUACAUUGUGGGCUACCAGUUUAUCCAAACGGACAACUACUAUUUCUCCUUUGGGCUCUACGGUGCCAUCCUGGCCUCGCACCUCAUCAUCCAAAGCCUCUUUGCCUUCCUCGAGCAUCGGAAAAUGAAGCGAUCCCUCGAGACGCCCAUUAAGCUGAACAAAACGGUGGCCCUUUGCAUCGCUGCCUACCAAGAGGACCCCGACUACUUACGGAAAUGUUUACUCUCAGUGAAAAGGCUCACCUACCCUGGGAUUAAGGUGAUCAUGGUGAUCGAUGGGAAUUCAGAAGACGAUGUUUACAUGAUGGACAUUUUCAGCGAAAUCAUGGGCAGGGAUAGAUCCGCGACGUACAUCUGGAGGAAUAAUUUCCACCACAAAGGCCCCGAGGAGACGGAAGAAGCCCACCGGGACAGCAUGCAGCAUGUCACCCAGCUGGUCCUGUCCAACAAAAGCGUGUGCAUCAUGCAGAAAUGGGGCGGGAAGAGAGAAGUCAUGUACACGGCAUUCAAAGCGCUGGGGAGAAGCGUGGAUUAUGUGCAGGUGUGUGAUUCCGAUACAAUGCUAGAUCCAGCUUCGUCUGUGGAAAUGGUGAAGGUUUUGGAAGAAGAUCCGAUGGUUGGUGGCGUUGGAGGAGAUGUACAGAUACUGAACAAGUACGACUCGUGGAUCUCCUUUCUCAGCAGCGUGAGAUACUGGAUGGCAUUUAAUAUUGAAAGAGCCUGCCAGUCCUACUUUGGCUGCGUUCAGUGCAUCAGUGGACCUUUGGGGAUGUACAGGAACUCCUUACUCCACGACUUUGUAGAAGACUGGUACAAUCAGGAGUUCAUGGGAUCUCAGUGUAGCUUUGGAGACGACCGGCAUCUCACAAACCGAGUCCUGAGCCUCGGCUAUGCAACGAAAUACACUGCUCGAUCCAAGUGCCUUACGGAAACGCCGAUAGAAUAUCUCAGGUGGUUGAACCAACAGACCCGUUGGAGUAAGUCCUACUUCCGAGAGUGGCUGUACAAUGCGAUGUGGUUCCACAAGCAUCACUUGUGGAUGACUUACGAGGCGGUCAUCACGGGCUUCUUCCCGUUCUUUCUCAUUGCCACCGUCAUCCAGCUUUUCUACCGGGGGAAGCUGUGGAACAUCCUCCUCUUCCUGCUGACGGUUCAGCUUGUGGGUCUCAUAAAGUCUUCCUUUGCUAGCUGCCUUAGAGGGAACGUGGUCAUGGUGUUUAUGUCCCUUUACUCAGUGUUGUACAUGUCAAGUUUACUUCCAGCCAAGAUGUUUGCAAUAGCCACCAUCAAUAAGGCAGGAUGGGGCACGUCGGGCAGGAAAACCAUUGUGGUCAACUUCAUAGGGCUCAUCCCAGUGUCCGUUUGGUUUACAAUCCUCCUAGGCGGGGUUAUUUUCACAAUCUACAAGGAAUCCAAAAAGCCAUUUUCUGAAUCGAAACAGACAGUGUUGAUCAUCGGCACGAUACUCUACGCGUGCUACUGGGUGAUGCUCUUGACUUUGUACCUAGUGCUUAUCACCAAAUGUGGCCGGCGAAAGAAAGAACAACAGUAUGACAUGGUGCUUGACGUAUGAUCCCCACCGCUGGUGUCUUUAUCUCCCGCUACGUGUGGGAAGUUCUCCGCGUGACCCAACAAACCGAAGCAAUCGUGGCACUGAAUUAAGAUCUCGUCAAAAGGAAAAGGAUCACUGCUGCUGGGACUUGAAGACAUUAAAAACAAUUUCAUGACCAUGCCAAAGCAAAAGACAAGAAAAAAAUCUAUAUGAAAAUGUGAUUGUGCCUUUUUUGGGGGGAUUGUUGUUGUUGUUUAAAAAAAAACAUGGAUUCAACCCAUUCUUGUGGGUGGUCUCUGAUUAAUGCACUUUCUUCUGUUGUGCAUACACCCAAAAGUGUUAAUGUCCUAUAUACCUCAUUGGCCAUGCUCAUGUGGAUGGACAGGGAAGAAAGGGAGACUCGAGCAAAGGAUUUGGCAAACCCUUGCAACCUAAUUUAUGAACUUCUUGUUCUGUGAUUUUUUUUUUCUAGGAAGGUUUGUAUGUGUCUGUGUGUGUGUGUGUGUGUGUGCUUGUGUGUGUUUAUGCAAUAGGCUGCCAAACGUUAUUCCAAAGUCAAAUUUUUAUGAGGUUUGAUGACUUGUUGUAUUUUUAUAAGUGUAAUUAUUUGUCUUUGUUUACUUUUUACAUCAUUUUUUAAAAAAAAAUCUCAUAUUUUAUAUUUUAUAUUUCUGCCAAAAAAAAAAGGUACACGCCUCCCUCUCCCCUGCCACUCUUUAUAUUUUCUCCUCUUUUCUAAAUAGGUAUUGAAGAAUUGCUACUUUUCAACAACAAAGCCCCGUCAACCCCACAAUGUGAAAAUGGAUGCUGAUUUGAUAUUAUCCCCCCCCUCACAAUGCAAAAGAAUAAAACGUCUUUUUGUACUUUUAAA